AUGGAUACCAAGGGAUUGGAGAAUUUUUUUAGCGAUCCUAUGGUUUCAGCUCAUAUUGAAUCGUUCAUGGAUGCUCAUUGUUCUAUAUUCACAUGUGAAAAAGAAAUUUAUUCUGAACAUUAUGUAACACACAAAGAAUUUUCAGAAAUGAUGAAAAGUCUGCUAAAUAGUUCAUCCAUCCAUUACAAUCAAAUUCAGGAAAUAUAUACCACUUAUAAAAUAACUGAAGAUGAUCCUUGUUUUAGUUCAAUCUCUUAUAUAAUUGCAUCAUGGAAUUUUGAAUUAUUUUAUCAAUUAAUGACUUUGGUUAAUGUUGAUUUACAAUUGGAAGCAUUACAUUAUAUUCAACAGAAGUAUGGUAAUCAAUUUAUACAGAUGUAUUCGAUCAACAAUGAUAAUGAUUCCGUGGAUAAUAUUUCAAUGCAAAUAAAUAAAAAUGAACUAACUGAUAUGCUGUUGGAAAAAUCUCAACAGAAAAAUGGAGUGGUGAAGACAAUCAAGCAAACAAUUCAAAGUGAACUUUGUAAAAGUCAAUGUAAAGAGAAUGAUGGACAGUUAUUAAUGAAGAUUGAUUCUAAUGCUACUCGUGAUAUACCUACAAAAAAUCUCAUUAACCCUAAAAUUCCUCAUGAAAUAAAACCAAGUUCUUCUGAUACUGUGACAUCAUCAUCAUCAUCAUCAUGUAAUCACAUAUUAAAUCUCAAUAACUCGGAAACUAUUCAUCAGCAAAAAUAUGACAAUACUGUAAGACCAACUGAAGGUGAAUUAAUCGAAAAACAAGCAUUUCUACGAAAACAACGUGAUCUACUGAUCGAAAUGCGUCAGAAAAAACGUGAAAAGCUAUUUGCUGAUCAUGUACAAACUUUAACAGAUAAGAUUAUUGUAUAUACUAAUAAUAGAGAUUGUAAUUUAAUUGGUAACGACGAACAUGAUAAAGUUAUGGAGAAACGUCGUAAGUUAUAUGAAAAACUAAAGAUUGAAGUGAUUAAUAAAAGUGGUUUUGAUCAGACAAAAAAAUGA